GGUAGGGGCUUUAUAUGUGUAUACAAAGCUAGCUUUUCCCUUGGGUAACUUGCACAUGAAAAUGGAACCCCCACCAUCACCGAUCAUCACUGAUGAUGUAGCCCAUCAAUUCUUCCCCUUCUUCAAAGUUUACAAAGAUGGUCGUGUAGAGAGGUUCAUGCCUUCUGAGAAACAUCCUCCCUGUGAUGACCCGAGCUCCAGUGUCCGGUCUAAAGAUGUCGUCAUCUCCUCCGAACCGGUUGUCUCGGCCCGGGUUUUCAUGCCCCGAAUACCCAACAACCCGGAAAAGAAGCUCCCUCUCGUGGUUUACAUUCACGGUGGCGGGUUCUCAAUAGCCUCCGCUUUCCACUCGGGUUACCACAAAUACGUGUCCUCCCUUGUCGCCAAAGCCAACGUCAUCGCCGUCUCCGUCGACUACCGGCUUGCCCCGGAGCACCCAAUACCCGCAUGCUACGACGACUCGUGGGCUGUACUCAAAUGGGUGGCUUCCCAUGCAAAUGGGGAUGGCCCUGAUCCAUGGCUGAACUGCCAUGCAGAUUUGGGUAGGGUCUUUUUCGCGGGUGACAGUGCCGGGGCGAAUAUUUCCCACAACAUGACAUCUCGGGUCGGGUCAACUGGGUUACCGGGAGUGAGGAUAGUAGGAGUCGCUUUGGUGCAUCCUUACUUUGGUGGUACGGAAGAUGAUAAAAUGUGGUUGUACAUGUGUCCGGAGAAUGGCGGGUUGGAUGAUCCGAGGCUGAAACCGGCCGUAGAGGAUCUGAGAAAGCUAGACUGUGAGAGGGUUUUGGUGUUUGUGGCCGGGAAAGACCAUUUGAGGGAGAGAGGGACUUGUUAUGUUGAGGCUUUGAAGGGAAGUGGGUGGAAAGGGACGGUGGAGAUUGUAGAGCAUGAGGAGGAGAGGCAUGUCUUCCAUCUGAUGAAGCCUGAAUCUGAGAAAGCUGUGGAUUUGAUGAAUAGGUUGGUCUCCUUCAUCAAUCAAGCAGAGUAGUCAAAAUUGUAUUGAACAUGUUGGAGCAAAUUAAGACUCAUUGGGAAAAUGUUGAUCAAGUUUGUCUCUUUGGACUUCUUCUUUUAAAUUAUGUAACUAAACGAAAUUACAUAAUUCGUCUUCCCUUGAUUUUGUAAGUUGAGUAUGAUAUUUCUCAUUUUUCACUUUAAGUUGUAAUGUCUGCAUCAGUACACUCAGCUAAAUUUUUCAGUUCA